UCACAACCAACUGUAACCUAGGACGCUCGUAUUCGGAGUGCGACUCCGUGGAGAAUCGGUAGGACGUGGAGUUGUGUCGCAGUUUGAGUGAUUUAUCGGCUGUUGGACGUGCUCUUGUCAUAGUGCUUCGUGCAGUUUAUCGUUCUCGUGAAAAUAUAUAUUUUUUAUGUUAUAAGUAAUUGUAGAUUGUGCUGUAUGACAGUUCAGGGGAGCAUAAGCGUUCGACGAAGUGUAGGUGCGGCGAUGAGCUGAGUGCACGGAAGCCAACCAGCCAUGCGCGAAGAGGAGCUCGAGGUGGCCAUCAAGGUGGUCAUCGUGGGCAACGGCGCCGUCGGCAAGUCCAGCAUGAUCCAGCGCUACUGCAAGGGCACCUUCACCAAAGACUACAAGAAGACCAUCGGCGUCGACUUUCUCGAGCGGCAAAUCGAGCUGGAUGGCGAGGAGGUGCGGCUGAUGCUGUGGGAUACGGCAGGCCAGGAGGAGUUCGAUGCCAUCACCAAGGCCUACUAUCGGGGUGCCCAGGCCUGCGUGCUUGCCUUCUCCACCACUGACCGUGACUCCUUCGAGGCUGCACACUCCUGGAAGAUGAAGGUGGAAGACGAAUGUGGAGAAAUUCCAACAGUGCUUGUACAAAAUAAAAUCGACCUCCUUGAUCAGAGCGUUGUUGAUCCGGAGGAAGCAGAACUCCUUGCAAGAGCCCUGGGCUGCCGACUCUUGCGGACCUCAGUGAAGGAAGACGUGAAUGUGGCGGCUGUCUUCCGGCAUCUGGCAGCAGCCUGCCUGGCAGAGAUGCAGCGGCAGGAUGACAUGGACUACUGCCCUGUUGGAGGGCCGCUGCCUCCACUCACCAUCAGUGCCUUCAGUCCAAAUUCUCAAAAUGGGAAGUCCAGUCACAGUAAUGGGACCAUUGUUCUUCGGCCAGGAAAACAGAAGAAUCAUAAAAAGAAGAAUGUACUGAGAAAUGCAUGCAGGAUACUGUGAUAAUUGAAUACAUUUCAGAAACCUCACAAUAAUUUUUGCUGGUUUAACCAAAACACAGAAUGAUAAACUUUCAGUGAAGUUACAAUUCUUUACUGGAACAUUACCAGAAGCCUGUUGAUAACAGUUUCAGAUAUGUAAAUAAUUAGUCAGUCAUAAAGUGCAAUAUACCCAAACGCAUAAGAGUUUCACAUUGUAAUUUUUGAUAUAAUUUUAUACAAAACAAUAGGCAAAUGUUUUACUUUUUAUAAAUUACUGCACUGUAGGUUUCAAAUAGUGCCUGUUUCUGGGGAGAUAUAAAUAAAUUUAUAUAUAUAGUAAUCAAUUUGGCAUCUGGCCACCCAGCUCUCAGGAGAAAUAAUACAACAAUUUUUUCAUAUGGUCUUAUCCUUCCAGUGCUCUGUAACAUUGUGCCUUACACACUGUAGAAUAUUUUAUAAUCACAAAUGUGGGAACAAAUGGUCACCCCUUAUCUUGUGAAAUUGUAGCCAAAAGUCAGAAAAAUUAUUAUUUUAAAAGUACUAGAAAUUCCAAUUGUUCUUUGCAGCCACAUUGAUGCUCAAGACUUCAUCAGCAUGAUUAGGGGUGUCCUGUUCCUUAGAGGACUGUAAUUAUUCCAUCCAGGUUUUCCACUGUAAUGUUUUAUAAUCCUUAAUUUCUUUUUUAUAGUGUCCAUGAGAGAAAUGUGUAACAUGUUUACUGGUGUGUAAAUAAAUAUUUAUAAUAUUAAUAUAA